CAACCAACCACUCAACUUCCCAGUUCCCCUUCACAAAUCAUCUCCGCUUGAGCAUCACCGCCCGGCGCGCGCAUCUACAUCCAAUCCCUCAUCUCACCACUCAUCCCAGUCAUUCAUUCUCACCUCUCCCCGCGACAAUCAGCCUCCCUUCAUAAUCACCCACCGUUCCCCCAUAGUCGAUCAACCCGCGCCUCCACCGCCAUUAUCGCAAUCUAAUCAGCACAGAUGGGUAUCUGCGCCUCCUGUCUCGGACGUAAUCGUCGAGAACCUCACAAUCCCACCCACCCCGAAUCCGCCCGCCUCCUCGAAGAUGACAUCUACCAACCCGGCUACGGUUACGGCGCCCUAAACCAAUCCGCCCAAGGCAACCACCCAGACCCCAGUUAUCUGAAGCGCGAACGAGAAGCCCUCGAAGCCAUCUGUCAACGGACAUCAGACUCCGUCAUCGACAUCUGGUCCCUCCAACCCCAACCACACCUCCAACCUCGCGCUACUCUCCCCAGCGCUGUUCCCCCAUCCACAGCCUCGGACCCCAGCGCAGCACCCCCCGUGAAAGUCACUACCACCGAUACGACCCCCGUUCGCGCCCAGCGAUCUGUUUCGCCGACAGGCGGCACGGUCCCGAAGCAUUGGGGCGAGGUGGUGAUCAAUACGCGCAAGAAUCGGUCACGGCCGGGGUCGAGUACGGAAGACAGUGCUGAUCGGGAUGUGUUUGGGGUGUUGAAGGUUACAUGAUCUGAUAUACUGGCUGAAUGGGUGCUGUGUGGUAUGGGUGCGAAAAGAGACCGUGUGUUAAAUAGAUGGAUGGAUGGAUGAAACCACGACAUGACGGAUGGACGGACGGACGGACGGACGGACGUUGAUAUCACCACCCCUUCUACCUUUUUCCCCCUUCCUUUGCUUAUUUCGUUCUGAUUUCAGGUUCUGAUUUGAUUUGAUUGCUGUCUCUUUCGCUCCUCCACCCUUUUUCUAAUACCCUUUCCUUCUUUGCGCAUCGAUGGUGUCGCUGGCGACAAGCUUAAGCUUUUCUUUCUCCCAUCGGUGGUGCUUAUAUCUCCUCUUUUUUUUUUAUACCCUGGUUCGUUCCUUCGGCCGAUCCGAUCCACUUCGAUUCUACUACUUCUUGUUUUCCUCUUUCCUUUGUCUCUGCAUGUUU